AGUAUUGCGUGAUUUCACGUGACCACGAAUUCUUCCUAAUUAGCAAACUAAAUAAAACUCGCCCACAAUCAGCUCCAGCACGCCGCAUUUUCAACCUUGUAUUACCCAAUCAAAAGGCCUAUCUGAAUUUACAUUUGGAUUUAGAUAUGGCAGGAGUUGCCGUGUUUCGUCCAUUGGUUAGAGCCCCAGUAAGGAGCUUGGCACGGACCUAUGCCACUUCCAUACCAUCGAAAGCCCACCAUCGUGUGGUGAUCGUUGGUGGGGGAACUGCUGGUGUAACAGUUGCUGCUCAAUUGCAACAUAACCCGGAAUUUCAAAACAAGGACAUUGCUAUUUUAGAUCCUGCGAAAACUCAUCACUACCAACCUGGAUGGACGUUAGUGGGUUCGGGCCUGAGGCCCCUGGAGGAUAUGCACAGACCUAUACAUAGUGUUAUCCCACAAGGAGUAAAACACUAUCCUCUACGCGUAUCUACUUUCGACCCCGAGAACAACGCCAUCAAGACGUCUGAAGGAGUCGACGUGUCCUACGACUACUUGAUUGUAGCACCGGGUCUCGAGACCAACUUUGCUGGUAUAUCUGGUCUUGAGCAGGCUCUACAAGAUCCCGCCAGUCAAGUGUCAUCUAUCUACUCGGAGAGAACAGUAGAACAAGUAUGGAGGAACAUCCAGGCAUCUAAGAAAGGGCCGGCUAUCUUCACUCAGCCUGCUGGCAUCAUAAAGUGUGCCGGUGCCCCUCAGAAGGUCAUGUGGAUGGCUCUCUCGCAAUGGAAGCGAGACGGUGUGCGGGAUAACAUUGAUAUCACCUUCGCGACUGGUGGUCCUGCUAUGUUCGCCGUACCGAAAUACUCGCAGGCGCUCGAGGAAUUACGUAAGCAACGCAAUGUGGAGGGCCUCUUCCAACACAACCUCGUCAAGGUGGACUCCAAGAACAAGGUGGCAACAUUCAAGAACCUAGCUGAGGGUGCGAAUGGAGCGCUUGUCGAGAGGGAGUUUGGUUUCCUUCAUGUCGUACCACCACAGAAGCCGUUUGAUUGGGUCGCGAAGUCGCAACUAGCCGAUGCCGCAGGUUGGGUUGACGUCGACAAGUCCACUACUCAACAUACCAAGUACAAGAACGUCUUCUCCCUUGGCGACGCAUCCAGUCUCCCCAACAGCAAGACUGCCGCCGCAAUCACAGCACAAGCGCCGGUCCUUAUCGACAACCUACUUGCAGUUACGAAAGGCAAGGAGCUUAAAGCUGCCUACGAUGGCUACGCAAGUUGUCCUCUCCUUACUGGCCACGGUGAGCUCAUGCUCUGCGAGUUCAAGUACGGCGGUGUCCCUAAAGAGACGUUCGCGAACAUACUCGGAGGCCAAGAAUCACCUAACAGGUUAUAUUACCACCUAAAGAAGGAUUUCUUCCCGUAUGCGUACUGGAACUACUUCGUGAAGGGCAAUUGGUAUGGACCGAGUGGAUUUUUCAAGCCUGAUAUUACGUCGAAUUAAAGUAUUCAAUCUUAGAUCUAGCGCGCAUAAGAGUCCCAUGCAUAGAGAAUUAGAUCAUUCGAACCAUGGUUACACCUGGGUGGUUGUGUAGCAUCAGUCAGCAUUUGGCCCCGUCCCCUGAUGACAGGGGGUAGAUACCUUAGGUACCUAAUACGAUUAAGGAAAUUAAAUCACGGAAAAA